AUGGUUGCUUAUACACGGCAGAUACAUUCGAUGCAAUCGAGCUCCCUUGAGCAGAACUACUGGACUUACGAUCGUACGUGGUGGCUACCGUGGCUGAAGCGAGAGUUUAUAUAUGCCCCGUUAGGCAAUAAGAGGCACAAUCGGGAAUGGCAGCUUAGUCAGGCAGUCAAUUAUGGCACUCUGCCGGGAAGAGCCCAUACUAUACUUUUGACACUUUAUGUGCUCAGUAACAUUGUCUACUGUACCCUCCUACCCUAUGGAAAGCAAGAGGCUGCGAAGACCAUCGCCGAACUGCGAGGUCGUGCAGGAGUCUUAGCGGUUGUCAACAUGAUUCCACUCGUCCUGCUUGCCGGACGCAACAAUCCACUCAUCAAGCUGCUGAGGAUCAGCUUCGACAACUUCAACCUCUUUCACCGCUGGAUCGGACGCAUCGUCAUACUUGAAAGUAUCGUGCACGUUUGUGCUUGGUACGCAAAUUACAGUGCCAGACAUGGUGUCGAUAAGUCCCUGAACUCGUUCAGUGGCAACAUCUUCCUGACAUCUGGCCUGGUCGCGGUCCUUGGGAUGAUAUUCCUCUUGUUUCAAUCACUGUCUGCUCUUCGGCACGCAUUCUAUGAGACUUUCCUGCAUGGACAUCAGAUCAUGGCAUUUGUUGUCCUUGGUGGAGUCUACAUCCAUCUGGAUGUUGAGAAACUUCCUGCGCUUCCAUACAUGAAUAUGGUGGUGGGUGGCUGGAUCGUCGAACGAAUUCUUCGUCUCGUAUGGAUCCUUUGGCUCAACAUUGGCUACAAACGCCGAGAGACAACAAAGGUCAUCAUCGAGGCACUACCUGGUGAGGCUUGUCGAGUUACUUUCCAACUACCACGUCACACAAUUAUUCGUCCUGGUUCGCAUGUCUAUGCUUACCUGCCCAAGUUCAGUUGGUGGAUGUCGCACCCGUUCAGUGUUGCGUGGACAAACCCAGAAUCCGAACCUCCGACAGGACCUCUUGUGGCAGAUCGCGAUGAAAAUUCCGAAGGUUCGUCGCUCCUCAACAAGGAAACCCUCGACCACGCGAUAGUAGAAGAGGGUCUCGUACCUGCUGCUCUCAAGUCACCGAAUUACCUGGAACGCGAAGCCGAUUACUCCUCGCUUAUCACCAAGCGCAAGAUCCCGCCCACCAGCCUCUCUCUAAUCUGCGCUGCUCGGACAGGCAUGACUCGCAAGAUAUACGAGGCGGCUAUGCAGGCUCCUGCUCGUACUAUUUUCACUUCCGGUUUUAUCGAGGGUGCAUAUGCUGGACACGAUAAUCUUGCGAGCUACGGCACAGUAGUCAUGUUUGCAGGUGGUGCAGGCAUAACACAUCAUCUUGUACAGAUCCGACACUUGCUUGCAUGCGCACAUGCACGAACAGUCGCAACACGAAAGAUCGUGCUUGUCUGGUCGGUACGUGAUUUAGAGGCAUUGUCUUGGGUCGCGCCCUGGAUGGACGAGAUUCUCAAAAUGCCGGGCCGGCGAGAGAUGCUGACCAUGCAUCUCUUUGUGACUAAAGCUAGAGGGCCAGCAGAUUAUGUCAGUCCAAGUCGAAGUAUCGAGUUGAAAGGAGCCCGAUGCCAACCUGGUGUGAUCCUCGACAAGGUCUUACGCAGAGCACCCAGCGAAGGUGGUAGGGUUGGAGCUUGCUUCGUCAGUGUCUGUGGGCCAGGUGCCCUUGCAGACGAGGUGAGGAAGGCAGUUCGUGAACGCAUUUGGGUGGGAGCAUUGGAGAUGAACGAAGAAAGCUUUACGUGGUAA